UCUCUGUCUUCCUUCCUCUCGUCCGACCGACUCUCAGUCCUUUGAAGGGCUAGGGUUUCUACCUUUCUCUGUGACGCAGCUAUGGCGAACCGAACGGACCCAACGGCCAAGAGCAUAAGGGGAACGAACCCUCAGAACCUGAUAGAGAAGAUUGUCCGGUCGAAGAUAUACCAGCACACGUACUGGAAGGAGCAUUGUUUCGGGUUGACGGCCGAGACGCUCGUCGACAAGGCCAUGGAGCUCGACCACGUCGGCGGCACCUUUGGUGGUAACCGCAAGCCCGCGCCCUUCCUCUGCUUGGUCCUCAAGAUGCUCCAGAUCCAGCCGGAGAAGGAUAUCGUCGUCGAGUUCAUCAAAAACGAGGAUUACAAGUAUGUACGAGUCCUCGGUGCCUUUUACUUGCGACUGACCGGGACAGAUGUUGACGUGUACCGGUAUUUGGAACCGCUUUACAAUGAUUACCGUAAAGUGAGGCGGAAAUUGCCCGAUGGAUCUUACGGUUUGACACACAUGGAUGAGGUCAUUGACGAACUGCUGACGAAGGACUAUUCCUGUGACAUUGCCUUGCCCCGCAUUAAGAAAAGAUGGACUCUUGAAUCACUUGGUUCACUGGAUCUGAGAAAAAGUGCUCUAGAGGAUGAUUUUGAGGAGGAAGAAGAGAAGGAGGAGAAUGAACAACUUGUUGAUGACCAAGAUGAUGGUGCAGAUGAAAAGGAUCAUUAUCGUGGAAGAAGCCCUGUCAGGGACAGAGAAAGGCGAAGACGUGAUAGUCACCGCCACAGGGAUCGAGAUUAUGACAGGGACUAUGAUAGGGACUACUACGACCGGGACUAUGAUAGAGAACGUGGAAGAGGACGGGAUAGAGACAGGGACAGAGACCGAGACCGAGAAAGGGACAAGGAUCGAGAUUGGGAGAGGGACAGAGACCGGUACCGCCUGAGAGAUGAAAGAGACUAUGGCCGUGAGAGAGAUCGAGAAAGAGAGCGUGAAGGUAGAGACCGUGAUAGGCGAGACAGGGACAGGGACAGGGACAGGAGGAGGAGGAGCCCCUCGAGGAGCCGAAGCAGGAGCAGAGACCGGAAAGACCGAAAGAGACAUGCCCGUGAAAGCUUGAGCCCCAGGAGGCGUGGGGAUGGCGCUGACGACAGUGCUGCCCAGGAGGAGCCGAAGAAAAAGAAGGAAAAGAAGGAGAAGAAGGAGAAGAAGGACGACGGAACAGAUCAUCCGGAUCCUGAGAUUGCCGAAGCCAACAGGCUGCGUGCCUCCCUUGGGUUGAAGCCUCUGAGGGUGUAAACUCAUAUGGUUCUCUUGGGCGUCUGGUUUUGUACUUGUCAGUUUGGGGUUAUAUGGAUGAUCAAAGACAAAUCUCUUCGUCUUACUUGUGUGCUCUUAUAUACAACGCGAAUGGGCUAAGAGGCCUACUUAUGCUAAGGGCGGAUGCUGUUCCCCUUUGAUCUGUCAGAGGUUGGUGUUCAUUUCGAACUUGCGAAUUUGUUGUACAAAAUCAUGCAUUAAGUGAAGAUCGAUCUUGUGUACCUGUGUUGAACUGA